AUGAAGUUCAAGGCGACAGUGCGGGAUCAACGCACACUCGCCGCUCUCUGUCACGCCUGUCGCAGUAUUGAAAGACGUGGCGUACUUCGCUUACAUCACGCCCGUACACGUCUCUUCGCCAUUGCUCCACUCGCUGACGGCUCGCAGGUGUGGGCUGGAUGUCGCACAGAGUCCAUCUUCGCUGACUUCCACGCACAAUCACAUCAACCAGAUAAUGCCAUUUACUGUGAAGUGGCAGAUCUCUCCCGACUGCUUCACGUAUUGCGACAGGCAGAACGAUGCCCAAAUGUGAGUAUUAAAUUAACAAAAAAUGCAGCAAAGCGGCCAGCACUGCGUGUAUCUAUGCAAGGAGUGCUCCGUCAUCUAGAUAUCAGUCAUGAUGUCCCUGUACGGGUGUUAAGUGAGGCAGAGGUACAAAACAUAAGUGCCCCACCACUUGAGAAUGAAGUGAUGCAAGUAAUUCUUCCAAGUCUUACGGAGUUGAUGUUAUUUGUAGAUAAGGUGCGAUCCACCUCAUGUGAGCGUAUGACCUUCACAGCUCAGGCUAAUGCACAGGGAAAUGAUAUGGCUGUUUCCACAAAUCCACCCACAUGUAGUCUGGUGAUUGAUGCAGAGUGCUUUCUGGCUAAUUUCGCACUGAAGUAUAACUCUGUGCGACUCUGUGAGCGUGAAGAAGAUGAAGAUGGAGAGGAGGAGGAAGAAACAGAGGGUGAUGAGGAUAGUCAACAUGAUGAUAGUGGCAAGAAGAAUAAAAAUAAUAAUAAUAAUAAAAGGAAGAGACGACGGAGAGAAAAGGACGAAGUGGCAAUGCAACAGGCUACAGUAACAGUGGAAGUAAAGCGAUUUGCGAGGUUUUUGGCCAUUAAAGAAAUUACGCCGCUGCAAGUUGUGUUGCAUCUUGUGGAUGGAAAGGCACUUGUGUUGAGUGUUUCCGCAUCUGGUGGGACAACACUCGUGGGAUACAUGCCUGCAGUAGUACACUGA